AUGUCAACUCAAUCAGGUAUUACUAUUUCAUCACAAUUAAAUGAUGCCUAUAAAAAUUUAUCUCCUAAUUCAGCAUUAAUUAUUAAGAUUUCAUCUGAUUCCACGGAAUUGAUUCCUGAUCAAAUUAUCACUGGAUCUGACAGUAGCACCACCAACACCACCACCACCACCAAAGAUAUCACAAUUCUUGAACCAAUAUUUGAAAAAUUAAUUAAUCAAAUUUCCCAAGAAUUUCCUCAUCCUUCAUAUAUUAUAAUAUCUUAUAAUUCUGAUCAAUAUUUCAUUAGUUUUAUACCUGAUGUAGCUCCAAUUAAACAAAAAAUGCUUUAUGCAUCAACGAAAAAUUCAUUAAUUACAAGUUUAGGAGGUAAUAAAUUAUUGAAAAAAUUUGCUUGGACAGAAUUAGACGAAUUGACAUUAGAUUAUUUCAUUAAAUCAAUUGGUGGUGAUUCCAAAUCUAGUACCAAUAAAGAUGAUGAAACUUCAUUAUUGACAGAGGAUGAAAUUACAUUACAAAAAUUAAAUAAUUUAUCACUUUAUACAACGAAUCAUCAUGGAUUUAAGAAAAAAUUGCCAUCAAUGACUGAUGAUAGUUCUAUUACUACUGGUAGUAGCAGUGGUGGUGGUAAUACUAAUCAAGAUAUAUUGUAUAAAUUCACUCCAGAAUUAACUGAACAAUUACAAUCAAUAAUUGAAAAUUCUUCAAUUGAAUCCAAUAAUAAUAAUAAUAAAAAUAAUAAAUCAUUACUUUCUUUUAAUAUUGAUACCACCAAAGAAUUAUUAACUUUGAAGUCAAUUGAUACUCAAAUUGAAAUUGAUCAAUUGAUUGAUACUUUGAACGUAUCAUCAUCAUCAACACGAAUUUCUCCACAAUAUAUUUUAUAUAAUUAUCAAAUUGGGAAAUUGGCAUUUAUAUAUUCUUGUCCAUCAGGAUCAUCAGUAAAAGAUAGAAUGAUUUAUGCAUCAUUCAAAAACAGUUUAAUUAAUCAUUUAAAUCAAUUGAUAAAAAACACAACUCAGAUUAAUUCAAAUGAUGGGGAUAAUGUCGAUGAUGAUGUUGGUAUUGUUACUAUUGAUAAAAAUAUCGAAGUUGGAGAUUUAGAUGAAAUUGAAUUGAGUCAAUUACAAGAAUCUCAAGAAUUAAUUCAUAAUACUAAUAACAAUAGUAGUACCAAUUCCUUAUCUUCUGCAAAUACAACCACUACCAAUUCAUCAUUAUCUUCUAAAAAUGGAUUGAAAUUUAAUAAACCAAAAGGUCCAAGAAGAAGAUAA